GCGAGCCGCCCGACGCGGAGCCGCCCCGAGCCGCGCGACCACCGUCCGCUGUUCGCAGUAGCGCCGCGUUGCGCCGCGUGCCGAAGCUUCGCGACGACAAGCUGGUCAUCGGCGUCUCCCUCAAGACCGCUCGUCGACAGCCACCCAGGGAUUAUUGUUGCCAGUGUCCGACGGAUUACGACAGUGAAACAGUGCUUCGGUUCAGAGGGAGAAAGAGAGUGAGAGAGUGGUGGAUUGAGGGGUGGUCGUGUGCAGACCGAGUGACGAGUGUAGUGAAGUGUUUUCAUGUGACGUGCCCGCCGCAGCCCGCCGGCCGGCCUGCCUGCCUGCCUGCCACAGUCGUGGUGGGACGCGCAAGACCACCCGCGCCGUCGACACAGGGAUGCCCUAGGCAACACAGAAUUUCCGCAGCCGGAUGUGAAAAGGCCCCUCUCCAUGCGCCUGCCGGCAGGAUGAGGCGCGAUGGGCGCCGGGGGGUCGCGGGUGGUGGCGGGCGGCGCAAGGGCGGUGGUGGUGCCGUUGCUGCUGCUGCUGCUGCUCCUCGCCGGGUCGGCGGCCCCUGACUGGACCGACUGCCCCGAGGCCUGCCGCUGCAAGUGGACGUCGGGCAAGAAGACGGCGCUGUGCCCCAACGCCGGCCUCAGCACCGUGCCCACGGCGCUCAACCCGGACAUGCAGGUGCUGGACCUGACGGGCAACAAGAUCCCCAACCUGCCGGCCUCCGCCUUCGCCGCCGUGGGGCUGCUCAACCUGCAGCGCAUCUUCGUCAAGAGCUCGGGGCUGCGCGAGGUGCACCGCGACGCCUUCAAGGACCUGCGCAUCCUGAUCGAGGUGGACCUGUCGGACAACGACAUCGCCUCACUGCACCAGGACACGUUCGCCGGCAACGAGCGUCUGCGCGUGGUGUGCCUGAGCGGCAACCCGCUGAGUGAGCUGCGCAGCUACCAGUUCCCGCCGCUGCCGCACCUGCGCACGCUGGACUUCGGCCACUGCCGCCUGGAGCACAUCGACGAGGAGGCGCUGGUGCACCUGACCACGCUCGAGUCCGUCAACCUCAAGGGCAACCGCCUGCGCCACCUGUCGGAGCGUGUGUUCGCGCCGCUGACCAAGAUGAAGACCUUGGCGCUGGACGGCAACCCCUGGGGCUGCGACUGCCACCUGCGCUCCUUCCGGCAGUGGCUGCUGGCCAGCAAGCUGUACUCCCUGCCGCUGGUCUGCGAGGAGCCCGAGCCGCUGGCCGGCAAGCCCUGGGAGGAGGUGGCGGCCGCGGACUUCGCGUGCGGCGCGCACGUCGUGCUCACCGACAAGAUGAUCCAGCAGGAGGCCGGCGGCAACGUCACCUUCCACUGCCGCGUGACGGGCGACCCGGAGCCGGAAGUCACGUGGUACUUCAACGGGCGGCCGGUCGGCGGCAACGGGUCGGCCUUCGGCGCCGACACCAUCUACUCCGUGGACCAGGAGGACGGGCAGGGCCUGCUGGAGAAGUGGAGCAACAUCUCGGUGUACAACGUGUCCGACACGGAGGCCGGCGAGUACGGCUGCCAGGCGCGCAACCUGCGCGGCAAGGACGCGGCGCGCGCCACGCUCACGCUGCCCGUGGUGGUGACGGCCACCACGCUGUCCAAGGCCGAGUCCUGGCUGCUGUGGGCGGGCCUGGCCACCGGCGGCGUCUCGGCCGUCGUCGCGCUGCUCGUCGCCGUCGUGUGCUCGUGCUGCUUCUGCGGCGCGCGGCGGGGCCGCAAGCGGCAUCGCCGGAAAUGCAACCUCAAGGGGAGCGUGAGCUUCACAGACCAAGAGAAGAAGUUGCUGGACCUGAGCAUCACCACGACGGCGACGGAGCGACACUCGCAGGGCGCGCCGUCCUCCAUCGGCAGCAGGGAGGUGCUGGGGUCGUCGCCGGACCUGGAGCUGCGGCCGCUGCCGCUGCCCGACCCGCCCCUGCACAUCACCAUCGAGAGCCACUCGGAGAACAUGGCCGUGUUCCCGCCGCCACCCGAGUUUUCGUCCAGCGUGCUGCCCACCGGUGCGUUCGGCAACAUCUUCAUCUCGGUGUCCGUGAGCCAGGAGCCCGGCGUGGUCCCCGCCGGCCACCCGGGCCACCCGGGCCACCCGGGCCACUCCGGCCACGGCCACGGCGGCAUGGGCGCCAUGAUGGGCACCAUCAGCGCCGUGGGCCCCGUGGGCCCCGUGGGGGCCGUGGGCCCGGUGGCGGCCAUCGCGGACCUCAAGCGCUUCCCGGACCUGCUCGAGUUCCCGCACCGGGGCACCGUGCUGCCCUCCGGCAUCGUCAAGAGCGUGAGCGUGGCCACGGGCCCCGACCAGCCCUACGUGCCCAUGAGCCUGUCCACGCCCAGCCUGGCGCCCUUCGCCACGCUGCCGCGCCGCCACCUCCGCAAGGACGUCAUCGAGGGCCCCGGCCGCGGCGCCGCGCCGCACUACGACAACAUGGGGCCCCGGGUGACGGCCAACGGCAGCUCCACGCUGUCCCUGCCCGACGAGGACCAGCUCGAGGCCACCGUGUGCUCCAGGGCCAACUCCAGGGUCGGCUCCCAGGACCUGCCGCCACCGCCACCGCCGCCACACUGCACGUCCAUGUCGGAGUACGUCGCGCUGUGAACAAAGACUACUUUCAAAUCAGUGAGGGCGUGCGCGCCAGUGUAUAUAUAUAUAUAUGCGUGUCCGAGGGUGCGAGUGAGUGUGCGUUUGUGUGAAAGAGAAUUGUAGAGGCAAGUGACAGAGAGGCAGUGUAUAGACGUGUGUUUGUGUGUGUGUGAGAGAGAGUAGAAAUGUGCGUGUGUGUAUAUGUAUAUAGGUGUGUGUGUGUGUCGUGCGUGUGUGUCCCUGUGUGUAUGGACUCGGAGGAGUGCGUGAAUAGACGCGUAUCCGUGCGUGUGCGUGCAUGUGUGUGUGUGUCUCGUUUCGUAUGCGUUGGUGAACGGGCUUUAUUGUCUCGGAGGAACUUUUCGCGAGUGUGGCCUGACUUGGCGGCUUGCCCGAGUUCACCGCGUCGCUCGGCGAAGAGGGGCGGGCGGCCUUAGGGCAGCCUGCGAUGACGCCGUGCCUUUGCAUCGGCUCGACCAGAAAGCGGGCUGCCUCCACGUCGUGCUUCGUACUUCGUGGCCUUGGCCGCCUUGGCCCGCCUAGGCCCAGAGCCUUGUACAGUGGCGUGGCUGCGCCGCGGUGCCGCUCCAAGUCGGUCGCGGCGAUUCCUAGCGCCGAGGCUGGUGGCGCGAUACAGCCCUCCAGUCUACCACGCACCACCUAUUGGUUUUUCUACCUAACUCAAGGACAAGAUGAGGCAGAGACAGAGUGCCAGCUUUGUCGUGGACUGUAGUUGCAUUGUGAGUGCGGAGUGUCGUGUGCUGCAUCGAACAUUAAAGUGCUGUGGUUCUUAUUUUUGUGUAAGAGGAUAGUUUGAUGUACAUUUUGGAACAAGAGUCUCUAGUCGACCUGCGAUUGACGUAAACGCUUGUACCUUUAUUUGCGCCAGUCUGUGAGUGAGUGCCGGCGCCACCCCGAAGGCGUUGGCGCGUGCACUGCGAAUCGCUGUGAAUCGCACCAUCCCGCGCUUGUGGAAAAGAGGUUAUUUUUGACUACGAAGCUUGUAACGCUCCGCCACGUCCUUUGUAAAUUAGAGCAGACUACUUGCACUGUCUCUGGUAGCGGUUACUUGACUGUAGCGUUUUAUACGAUGUAUGGCCAAUGUCAUAUCCAAAGAAGAUCCCGGAUAAGGUCUCCAAUCACAUGUAGUUUUAAAAAGUCUUCGUUCUACCGGAGCGUUUUGGUUGAUCUACCUAUUUCUUGCGAGUCAUCGUCAGGGUGGCUUCAAUUGUUGCUUUGUUUCAUUAUUGGUGAUGUGUUACUUUUACCCACAGAUUGAUGUUAAAGUUUACCUUCCCACCGAUGAGCGCUGUGCGCGUCGUUUCUCUCGUUUCUCUCACUGUUUGCCCUGAAUCUUAGCCUGGUUUAUUAUUUGUGGCGAAGUAAUGUUUGUAUGAGCAGUUGACGCAAUCUUAUUUGUCUCAACUCCUAGAAUUUGCCAUUUAUGAUCGUUUGUGAUUUCCCCCUUUCUAUUCCCUACAAAAUAUACUUUUAAUUAAUUCUUAAGUCUCUUUAAAACAAUUAUGGGGACGAAUGGCUUUUUGACCACUGUGGAAUAACAAUUUAUAAGAUGUAUGUACGCACGAGUUUAUUUCAGUCACUUUUGUGAGUGUGGCAAAUCUAAGUGAGCGAUGGUAGUUGCCAUUGCAUGUUCUGUGAAUCUAAGUAGAGGAUUAAUUGUGCAAUAGUUUGACUGUUUCUAAAAUCUUGCAUUAUAAUGCGUGUCAAAAACAUUUGCAUCCCACCAAAUCGAGAGAAACUUAUCAAUGAAAUAGUAGUUCUCAUCCUGUAACCAUGACAUCAUGAAUGUAUUUUCAAAUGCUGGUAAUAAAAAUGUUUGUCUGCACAAGUUUGUUCUGAAAAAUGUGAAAAUAAAGAUAGAUAGGAAUACGAA